AUGAUUGUCCUCAAAACAUCCGAUAACGAAACGUUCAAUGUUGACAGGGAGGUUGCUGAGCGUAGCGUUCUGAUCAAAAACAUGCUCGACGAUAUCGGUGAAGACAGUGAUCAGGCUAUCCCUCUACCAAACGUAAAUUCGAGCGUCUUGAAGAAGGUUUUGGAAUACUGCGAGCAUCAUCGUGGUGAGCCUCUGCCAGCAGCCGAUGCUGACCAGAGCCAGGACGAAACCCGGAAGCGUACCACAGACAUUAGCGAAUGGGAUCAGAAGUUCAUCACUGUCGACCAGGAGAUGCUUUUCGAAAUUAUUCUUGCCGCGAAUUACCUGGAUAUCAAAUCUCUGCUUGACGUUGGGUGCAAAACUGUUGCAAACAUGAUCAAGGGUAAGACCCCUGAAGAAAUCCGGAAAUUGUUCAACAUUGUCAAUGACUUCACACCUGAGGAAGAGGCUCAGAUCAAGAAGGAGAAUGAAUGGGCUGAGGAUCGAUAG